GAUGCAUUGGUGUUACCAUGCAACAGGCAAUCGAACCUGGUGGUCCUAUAACCACAUUAAAGCGAAACUGAGAAAUAAAUAAAUAAAUGUGAAACAGACAGGUGUGACUUAGAAAUUGUACAUAUUGGGUGUCACAACUUCCCUAUACUUUGUGUUUUCAUACUGACAUUGUUCACACUAAUAAAGUGCCAACUUUGACUGACUAAUUGUGAUUCUGAUGAUAAGGAGGAGAAUAGGGAAAUGGUAAGAAGAUUUUAAACCACUCUCUUUUCUCAUCUUCCAAGUAUUUACAAGUGGCUCAAUUUUUCCAAGUAUGCCUUUCUUUCUACAGAACUUUCAUUAAAAUAAAAAACAAUUCUAGAUCAAGCCUUAUGGACAAGAAUUAAUGGUUCUCCCUAAUAUAUCCCAAAUUGGUGUGUCACUUGGGCAAGUCACCACUUUCCCAGUUUCUUAUUUGUCCUACAUGUAACUAGGGUUUUGCAACAGAUGUUACUCUUCCUUCUCCUUUCCAGGUCUGUUAGAAACUUUAUUAGGAAAGCCUGAAAGUAAAAUCUGUACUGUUUAAAUCUGGAAAAAUGUUUAUACUGACUAAAUAAUUUCCUCAAAUCUGGUCACCUUUCUAUGGGAAAAUUGCUCAUCCUAACAAUGUUUCAUGCAUAAAGUCAUUUGGCCUCUUAACUGCAUUGUUGGAUAUUUUUAAGACCAAAAGCUUGCUAAACCCAAAACAGCGAAAGCAUUCGGUUGAAAAUAAAGUGAAAAGCCAUGUACGUCUUAGAGGGAGAAAACAGAGCUAAUGAUUUUAGGCCUUAAUAGUUUCCAGAUGCCGAUUGGCUGCUCUGAAAAGCCAUCUUUGCAUUGUUCCUCCUCCAGCUCCUUGCUCGCUGUGGCUGCCUCCGCCGCAGACUCUGACAGCUUUAUCGCCGGAGUCCCUGAACUCUCGCUUUCUUUUUAAUCCCCUGCAUCAGAUCACCGGCGUGCCCCACCAUGUCAGAUGCAGCUGUAGACACCAGCUCUGAAAUCAUCACCAAGGACUUAAAGGAGAAGAAGGAAGUUGUGAAAGCGGCAGAAAAUGGAAGAGACGCCCCUGCUAACAGGAAUGCUAAUGAGAAAAAUGGGGAGCAGGAGGCUGACAAUGAGGUAGAUGAAGAAGGGGAAGAAGGUGGGGAGGAAGAGGAGGAGGAAAAAGAAGGUGAUGGUGAGGAAGAGGAUGGAGAUGAAGACGAGGAAGCUGAGUCCGCUACAGGCAAGCGGGCAGCUGAAGAUGAUGAGAAUGAUGAUGUCGAUACCAAGAAGCAGAAGACCGACAAGGAUGACUAGACAGCAAAAAAGGAAAAGCUAAACUAAA